CAAGAAACCAUAAUUGGAAUCCAUCUCUCUCUCUCUCUCUCUCUCUCUCUCUGUGAAAGCUCCAAAUUGCUUCAUGGCCAUGGGAGAGGAAGAAGAGCCACAAGAGACGCCAUUGUUGCGCACGCAGCCUGCAGAAACUAGCCUCAAAAGAACUGGGACAAAAUGGACGGCAGUGGCACACGUAAUAACAGGAGUGAUAGGAUCAGGAGUGCUAUCAUUAGCAUGGAGUAUGGCUCAGUUAGGGUGGAUCGCAGGUCCAUUAACCAUGCUGUGUUUCGCUUUCAUCACCCUUUAUUCUACUUACCUUCUCAGCGAUUGCUAUCGAUUUCCUGAUCCUGAAUAUGGUCCUCAAAGAAAUCCAUCUUACCUUGAAGCUGUUGAUGCCAGUUUAGGAAAAAAGGCAGCUUGGAUAUGUGGAACCUUUGUAGAAAUAAGCUUAUAUGGUGUAGGAAUUGCUUAUACCAUUACUUCUGCUAUAAGCAUGAGGGCAAUUCAGAAAUCAAACUGUUACCACAAAGAAGGGCAUGAAGCUAAGUGUGAAUAUGGAGAUACUUCCUAUAUGCUAAUAUUUGGGGCUGUUCAAAUUAUUUUGUCUCAAAUACCAGAUUUCCACAACGUACAAUGGCUGUCAAUAAUUGCUGCAGUCAUGUCUUUUGCAUACUCCUCUAUUGGAUUUGCACUUGGUUUUGCACAAGUCAUAGAAAAUGGAUAUGUGAUGGGUAGCAUUACAGGAGUCUCAGCCUCUAGUGCAAUAGAUAAAGUAUGGAAUAUAUCUCAAGCACUUGGAGAUAUAGCAUUUGCAUUUCCAUAUUCCUUAAUUCUUCUGGAAAUACAGGAUACUUUAAAAUCACCUCCACCAGAGAAUGAGACAAUGAAGAAGGCAUCCACAAUAGCACUCGUUGUGACUACAUUUUUCUAUAUAUGCUGUGGAGGUUUUGGGUAUGCAGCUUUUGGAGAAAAUACACCUGGGAAUCUCUUGACAGGAUUUGGAUUUUAUGAACCAUAUUGGCUUAUUGAUUUUGCUAAUGCUUGCGUUGUGCUUCAUCUACUUGGAGGCUAUCAGGUUUAUAGUCAGCCAGUAUUUGCAACUAUCGAGAAAUGGUUUGCUGAUAAGUAUCCAAACAGCGAAUUUAUAAACCAUAAUUUCAGCAUCAAACUCCCAUUUUUGCCGGCUUUUGGAUUAAACCUCUUCAGGGUGUGCUUCAGAACAGCAUAUGUAGUGUCAAUCACAGUGAUUUCAAUCAUAUUUCCAUACUUCAACCAAGUGAUUGGAGUGUUAGGAGCCUUAAACUUCUGGCCCUUGACAAUAUAUUUUCCUGUGGAGAUGUACUUGAGGCAAAGAAAUGUUGAAGCUUGGACAACCAAGUGGAUAAUGCUUCGAGCAUUUAGCUUUCUGGUAUUUUUUCUGGCAUUGUUUGCUUUAAUCGGAUCUGUUGAAGAGCUUAUAAGUGCCAAGCUAAGCUAAAAAUAGAAAAUUUCAUAAAUGAUUCAAUUUAUCAA